GGUCAUUGAGCCCAACUAUUGUAGUUUCGGAACGACGACGAUCUGGUCAUAUAGAAGUGAUCAACAUCACUUUUGUUAAAUGCGAAAAUAAUUCCGUUUUGGCUCUUCGUGAGCAUCUUUUCAUCUUUUCGUUUUCAGGAAUCAAACUUUCGUCUGAAGACCAUCAGCCAACAGGCAAGAUGUUCAAAUUUCAAUUUCAGGUUCCGGCGCCCUGUCAGAAUUGUCGUCGUUUUCAUUACGGAUACUGUCAUGAUGCCCCGAGACAAUGCUGGCGUUGUAAUGAUUACAACCACAUCGAACGCUAUUGUCCACGUCGUCGUACAAGAUGGCCUCGCGAUCAAGCACUGCCAGGAACUCGUCAAUGGUGUGAUUACCACGGCUUGAGUACUGAUCCUACGCUUCGGACUAAAGUUCUCAACGCAUUGAAGGUUUCCCCAAGCUGCAAUAUUUACAUUGAUGAUCAUUGUAUCUACAAAGGUUGUGUAGAGCAUCAUUUCCGGCGAGAAGAAGUAAGAGGCAGACCUUUGGCAGAGAGAAUGACUCGCCGUAGAUCCAGAUCUCCUGGACGAGAGCAAGUAAAGCGAGGUAGAUCUCGUUCACCAAUUCGUCGAAGUUCGCCGUCACAAAUGGAAAGACAGUUCAGGCCUCAGAGACAGGUCUCCCCAGUUCGUCCAGUACGUGGACGACCUAGAAGCCCAUUACGACAGCCAAGACAAUCACCACCACACACACCAAUGCGACCUCGGGGACGAUCUCCAGUUUUCGGUAUCAAUGGGGCUACUAACCGUCAAAAUAAUACUGCAGCCGCAGAUUUCAAGAAUUUCCAGUCUUCGUAUUUACAGAAUCAAGGCUUGUCUGCCAGCCAAAAGCAACUACCAGAGCAGAAUAUGCAGCAAAGCAUCGGAAGUGUGGUUUCUUCAAAUAUAGCCAAUCUCAACCCAUUUCCAGCUUCUCAGGCCCCAUUUGGCACAGUAUCGGCAAAUGCACCCCUACAAGAAACCGAAAAGGGUGGCUUUAUUCAUAGUAUUGUCGCUCUUCAACAGCCACUUCAAAACGUGCCUUCAAAGGGACAAGACAACGAAGAGGUGUACGUCGAGGAUCCAUAUUUCGUACUAGGAGUCAGAGAAGAAGCUCUCGAGAGGGAGAUUCUCGAGGCCUACCAAAAGCGUAUGUGGGAAGUUGAGCUUGAACGAGUCGCAGACACAGAAUACACAGAAGCUCCUGGACCAGAUAAUGUUUGGGAUCAGAGUGUAGCCAUAUUGCGAGCGGCGAAGAAGAAACUUGUGGGUUACUGAGGCUUUCGAGGUUCCGGGUUGAUACGAAUGUACCCUGACUUUAUUUGGCUCUUGUAACGAAGAUGAGAGGUUAUCACACGAAAAUUUGGGAAUGGUAUGUGGGAUGUUAUAUUUGUGAAUAAAUACUGAUGUGGUUGAAUCUGAUUGACAGGCUGUAAAGGGAUAUGAGAAAAACGAGUUGACAAGAUAGAUGACCAGAAUUUAGUUUUGCAGAAUAUAGCUUUGCA